AUGAGCGUGGCGUAUCCCUGACAGACCAGAGUUCUUUCCAAUGAAUUAAGGAAAGAGGAGGGCGAAAAUGGGGACGCGCCGCCCAAUGACAGACCAGGCUAGUGGGCUGGGGUUCCCGCUGUGGGAGUUAGUGUGAGAGGGAGAGGCCGGAGACGCCGUGAGGAGGCUGACUAUGGCUGAUUUUUUAAAAGGACUACCUGUCUACAAUGAGAGUAACUUCAGUAGAUUUCAUGCAGACUCCGUGUGUAAAGCCUCAACGGCCAUCAGUAUACCUCCCCACAAGAGAAUACCCCUCUGACCAAAUCAUAGUAACAGAGAAAACGAAUAUACUUCUGCGUUAUCUACACCAACAAUGGGACAAAAAGAAUUCUGCAAAGAAAAGAGAUCAAGACCAAUUAGAAAUAGGCGAGACAUCAGCACCCCCACGAAAGAUUGCCAGGACAGACAGCCAAGAAAUGAACGAGGAGACAUAGGCGCCUUUUGCAAACCUUCCUUUAUCAGCUGUUGUCCCACUCCGUGUCCCUCCCUCUAUACACGGGAUCAUACUGUAAUGUGUGGGGAGCAACACAGCCUUUCCUCUCCCUCCAACCUUGCCUUCCCACUCUUAUGAUCCAUAGGAGCCAAAAUUGUAUUUAUUUCUUCCAGAUUUUAUUUAUACUGCGCUGCAAACCGUUAAAGAGAGGAUAGUGUUAAAAUGUCAAAAAACACUUUUUUUUUUUAUCCCCCCCAAGUUGCUGUUCAGUUUAUUUGCCCCACUGGCUAGGGAAAUCUAAGUUACAUCUGACAAAUCUGUUUAUGCAUCUCUUGUAGUUAGGGUAGCCACCAGGCCGGUAUUUUACCAGCCUAUCCGGUAAAACAGAUGCCAGGGCCGUGCCGAUAUUAUUACAUCUGACAAAAUCUGUUUAUGCAUCUCUUGUAGUUAGGAUUGCCACCAGGCCGGUAUUUUACCAGCCUAUCUGGUAAAACAGAUGCCAGGGCUGUGCCGAUAUUACAAAGUUGCUGGUAAAUUUGUAAUACUCCAAAGUGCAGCCCCAUGCCUGCUCCUGCUCCACCCCUUAAGCCCGUCAUCCAGUAAAACGUACCAAUCUCUUACUAUUCAUCCUUCCCAAAGACUCUCUGGGACGUCUGGUGAUGUAAUUGCCCUGCCCCUCACUAUCAUCAUCCAACCCCUUUACCUCAUCACCCCUCCUACUGGUGUGUCACUGCCUCCACUGGCUGGUAAGAAUAUUUUAAAAAGGUGGCAACCCUACUUGUAGUCAGUGAGUGUACUUAUAUACGUUUUAUUGGAGGGGUGUAAUAUCCCUGUUCAUUGCUUUUAUUUUCCUCCAAUGUCACACGUAUGUACUGGCGGGUGAUUCUUUGCAGAAAAGACGUAUCUGCUGUGUUCUAAUGUUACUAGACCUGGUGGUCAUAUUACUGGAAUAGAGUGGCUCGUAGGAUUUCACACAUUCAGCACAUGAAGAUUUACUGCUGUGCCAUAAAUAGGCUGCCUCAGUCUUAGCCCAAUGGUGAAACCAUCACCACAUACUAUAAUUUAUAUGUUAGGCUGGUAAUCAAUGUAUUAAACGUCACAAUUCUAUAAAUAGGGAACCUGUGUUGUCCGCUAAUAAAUAGUCCUAUACCCACGUCUGUAAGUAACAAAUGACUGUUACACAUUUUGUUGUGCUGAUGCUUUCCAACGCCAGAUUCUAAACCAGACUGUAAUAUUUGCUCUGUCACUGACCAAAAUUACAUUAAUACAUUUUUCUUUUAUAAAAUUGAA